GGAUGUUAGACCUAAGAUUGACAGAGAAGGUGAGACUUUCUAGAGUUUGGCUCCAAUAUUAUCGAUCUCAGGUAGUAACUGGAGGCCAAAUUGUUGGAUGUUCGCCCUGGGAUUGACAGAGAAGGUGAGACUUUCUAGAGUUUCGCUCCAAUAUCGUAAUAGUUUCUUUGAGGCGAUGAAAGUCAGGAGGCGGAGCCCUUGUUAUUGGUAAUGCUCAGGCGCUUGUUGUUACUCCAUAUUCUUAUCAUGAUGCAGGACCAGGACAAAGACAGAGGAAAAGAGUGUCAUCAUACAUAUUUUGGUACGCAAAGAAAACCUGUGCUGAAUACUCGAGAUUGAUCAAGAGCAAGCAGUUCCGCAU